UGUUGGUUGGUUGGUUGGUUGGUUUUUGGGAAAAGAUAACUCUUCUGCAAUAAGACCUAAUAUAUUAAUGGCAUGUGCUAUUCGUUCUAUAAGUUUUCAUUUAGUAGCAUUUCAUGGAACCAAAUUGGAUAUGCAAGAUGUAGCCAAUUUACCAGCAAAACAGUGAGUGAGCAGAGAGAAGUAGCAUCAUAGCCUUCUCAUAGCCUUCUGUUCUUUCUAGCGCUCUGAGGAAGGGUGGAAUGGUAACCAUGGCAGCAGGGAGUUUUUGAGCCACUGUACUUGGGGAGUGUUGAUCCUUAUAUUAGUUUUGCCCCCCAAGCUGCUCCUGUCCCCAGAAAGGUCUCCAGUAAUUUGAAUGAGUUAACAGGUUUUGUUUUGCCUUAGAAAUUCACAUUAACUUUCUUCCCUCCCACCCAUCCCCAAUGCCUUUUGAAAGAUCUUCGUUGCAUCCAAGCAUGACAAUCGGAGUACUGUUUAAGAGUCAGGAGCAAGUUUUACAUUUGUUCUGAAGUUUGCUGUGAUUUAUUAGCAUUUUGUAUAUGCAUAAGCUGGUGGCUUUCUUUUAAUGGAUCUAAAUAGACAGUUGUCAAGACCUGAAGCUUUAUUUUAAAUGUUGAAAUUACUCUUUCCCAUUCUUCUUUAAAAGAUUUUAGGAGAAAUGAUUAUAGAUAAUUCUACUCUUGGCUUCAAUAAUAAAAAUAACUGUCAUUUAUGUAGUACUCUAAGUUUUACAAAACACUUUGCAUGUAUUAACAAAUUUUAACGAGCAACCCAUUGAGGUAGAUCCUACUUUAUUCUCAAGAUAGGAAAAGGAAAGCUGAGAAAGUUUUCCAGAGUCUAGAAGUUAGGAAAGUGUUCAAAGCUGGAAUAGAAUUCUGCUUUUCCUACAUCCAAAUUCACUCACCAUCCUGUAUGGAGGGUGUUCCCCCUGGCAUGUGAUGGGAACAUCCCUGAACUUGCAGGGCUAAAUGCCUGGCUUGUUUUAUAUAUAUAUUUAGUAGUUAUGUUUUUCUAGUUACUCUAACCCUCAGUUUCUACCUCUGUAAAAUGAAGUAGAAGUUAUUUAUACUGCCAGAUCAUAGGAUUGUUUUAAAAAACAAGACCAGAUUUUUAAGGCAUUGUAGAAAUGUGCUUUCUCAGGGAAGAACUGAGACUGAGUAAUCUCAAAGACCUUUAAAAUAGGUGCCUUGUCUGCCUGCUUCAGGGCAGUCCCUAUCUCAGCAGAGCUGAUGAUGGCAGUCUCCCAGGGAUUGCAUCAUUUUUGAUUCAAGAAACUUUAGAGUAUAUUUACAGAGGCUGUCUGCUAGCAACUAAGCACAGACCUUAGGAGAAUUUGAUACAGUCGCCUUUUGCUUUCAAACCAGCUCUGGAGAUCUUGUGACUUAGGACUCCUGGGCAACUGGAAGAUGUGGGAUGUUAAAGUCUUUAGUGAAGAUGGAACAAGCAAAGUGGUGGAGAUUCUAGCAGACAUGACAGCCAGGGACCUCUGCCAGCUGCUCGUUUACAAAAGUCAUUGUGUGGAUGACAACAGCUGGACCUUAGUGGAGCAUCACCUUCACCUAGGAUUAGAACGGUGCUUAGAAGAUCAUGAGCUGGUGGUUCAAGUGGAAAGCACAAUGGGAGGUGAAAGUAAAUUUUUAUUCAGGAAGAAUUAUGCAAAAUAUGAGUUUUUCAAAAAUCCUGUGAAUUUCUUCCCAGAACAGAUGGUGGCUUGGUGUCAGCAAUCAAAUGGCAGUAUUCCCCAAACUCAGCUUUUGCAGAAUUUUUUAAACUCCAGCAGUUGUCCUGAAAUUCAAGGUUUUUUACAUGUGAAAGAGCUAGGCAGGAAGUCCUGGAAAAAAUUAUAUGUGUAUUUGCGAAGAUCAGGACUUUAUUGCUCCACAAAAGGAACUUCAAAGGAGCCAAGACAUUUGCAGUUGUUGGCUGACCUGGAUGACAGCAAUAUCUUUUCUCUGAUAGCAGGCAAGAAGCAGUAUAACGCCCCUACAGACUAUGGGUUUUGUAUCAAGCCAAACAAAGUAAGGAAUGAGACAAAAGACCUGAGGUUAUUGUGUGCUGAAGAUGAACAGAGCAGAACGUGUUGGAUGACGGCAUUUAGGCUCCUCAAGUAUGGCAUGCUUCUUUAUCAGAAUUACAGAAUUCCACAGCAGAGGAAAGCCUGGCUUUCCCACUUUUCAACUCCAGUGCGCAGUGUGUCUGAGAACUCCCUCGUAGCCAUGGACUUUUCCGGCCAAACAGGAAGAGUGAUUGAGAAUCCUGCGGAAGCCCAGAGCGCAGCCUUGGAAGAGGGCCAUGCUUGGAGGAAACGAAGCACAAGGAUGAAUGUCUUAGGUAGCCAAAGUCCCCUCCACCCUUCUACGCUAAGCACAGUGAUCCAUAGGACACAAAACUGGUUUCAUGGAAGGAUCUCUCGGGAAGAAUCCCAUAGGAUUAUUAAACAGCAGGGACUUGUGGAUGGGCUCUUCCUCCUCCGUGACAGCCAGAGUAAUCCAAAGGCAUUUGUACUCACACUGUGCCAUCACCAGAAAAUCAAAAAUUUCCAGAUCUUACCUUGUGAGGACGAGGGACAGAUGUUCUUCAGCCUUGAUGACGGAAAUACCAAAUUCACCGAUCUGAUCCAACUUGUUGAGUUCUACCAGCUAAACAAAGGAGUUUUGCCUUGCAAACUCAAACAUCACUGUAUCAGAGUGGCCUUAUGACCUUGAAUUUGGCUCUUGGUUGAAGACUGGAUUUGCUAGAAGAAUAACUAAAAGAAAGUUAACACUGGAAUGAGUAAGCAGGUCUGUAAAUUGGUUUAAAAAUUCUGUUCUGCACCUCGAGACACUCAAAGGGAUGGAUUCAGUGGGUGCCAACAGACCAAGAUCUUCCUGGUUUGUCCAACACCUAAGAAUGAUCUGCUGCUGAGUAUCCCAGCACACCUUCCUCCCCUUGCCAAAUAAAGGAAGGAAUGUAGAAUUGUGUGCAAAUUUGAGACUAAACUGGAAUGAUCAUCUUGACUGGGCCACUUAACAGGAACAGGUUCUGAAGAGAAAUCAUUGGAAAAAGGACUCUUGCCCUGGAAUAAUCUUGACAAUUAAAACUGGUGUGUUUACUUUUUUUGUAUUGAUCACACUUUUUUUUUUUUUUUUUUUGCACUCCUACUUUGUUUUGGAUAUUGUAUACAGCCUAUAUUAGGACAUGAUGUGGCUUUUCAAUUCAUGCAGGAGCUAAAAAGUCUCCGUCUGUCAGAAUUAGAAGACCUAAAGUUUUGGGUCUCAGCAUUUCUCCAAGGGCAGUUUCUGCCUGCAGCUGAUUAAAGCAGUGUGAAUUCACUUCUAAAACUAUAACUCCACCACCCAGUGAACUUCAAAAAUCAUUUGUGAGGUUUUUAUCUUUAGGGAAAUGACUGGUGUACGUGUAGCAUAAUUAAUGGAUCCAGUCAUGAGACUCUCCAGUCUAGUCGUCCAAUUUCUAUGCACAAAUAAUUGAACGUUUUGUUAUUAACAACUGUGUUAUAUUUUUCUCCCAAAUAGUUUUUAUUUAGGAAAUUCACUAUUACACAGUCACAACAGAAUGACCAUACUCGUGGUUCAAAAAAGGCUGGUUUCUAUGAAAAAUCACCAGUGCUUUUCAUCUGCUCCUUAGAACAAAUGAUUGGCUUUUUUUCCCUUUAGUUCUGUGUCCUCCAUGGUCUUCAGUUUCUUUCAGAAACACCAUCAUCAGCCCGUUGAGAGGCUAAGUAAUGCUACCGAAUGCAGCCCCAGCCCCUACCACGGGUAUAGUUCCAGGAGUUUAAAAGAAAAAAAAUGGCUCCUAUUUUGUUUACUGCAGUGAGUGUCCCGAGUGUCUCCAUGGUGAGAAACAUUCACAAACAACCAAAUGGACACAGACUCAACCUGAUAUUUAAGAGGUUUUGAUUUUGUGACCUCCAUCCUGCUGAAAGGAACACACACACACCACACCACACACACACACACACACACACACACACACACGUAAGCCAGCUGACUGCAAGCCGAUUCAGCAUCUACUUUACUACUGGCUUAUGAUCAGAAUUGCUUUGUUGUAAAUGUUUAAAUUGAAUAUUUAGUCAUAACACAAUAUGGGUUUUCCUUUUUUUCUGAUGAGCUGGAAAGACCAUAGCCACAGUCUUUGCUGUGAUCGUCCAUCCCACAUCUCUCAGUCCUUGCCUCUUAUUCUGAACAUAGAAACCAGACAUGAAAAUAGCCAUUUUCCCUUUUUUUCUGCAGAUUGGAAAGUGCUUACUUGAAAGGGUGUUCAGACUACUGUGGUGAACAAAAUAGUUUUCUUUUAAAAUAGCAGUGAGAAUGCGGACCGGCUCCCUGAUUGAUGUUAGCCACUGGAUUGCUUUAAAAAUCCUCUCUGCUGAAGGAAAAAAAAAACCAUUUCAUACUGCUCUUUGGUCAUCAUAUAUAGCUUUGACGGUAGUUUAAGACAAAAAUGUAACAAGCUUAAGUAAUACAUAUCAGCUAUAACUAUGUCGAUGGUAUAGAAACACUGUAUUUUAGUUUACAGAUCACAUUUUAGUAUUUUCCAUGAAAUGUCUACUUAGAAGAUGGAGAUUUUUUUUUUUUUUUUAGCAAAAUGUGUUUUUCAACUGCAAUAUUGAACUGCAUUUUCCUGACUUUUUUUUUUCUUUUUUAGCCACUCUUUUCAAACAAUCAGAAAUUUGGCUAAUAACUGUUCAUAUUUCCAACUUCACUUUGCAUGCCUGAUUCAGCCUCACUUCGGGGGGAAGACACAGCUAUUAUAAACUUUUCUAUUUGGUGGAUUGAAAUAAAUCUUUUUUCAGUUUUUUUGGCUAUAAGAUUUCUUUUCUGUUUACAUAGAUUAGUUCCAAUAAUGCAUUUCCCCCCUUCCACCCCACCCACCACUGGUAGACAGCUAGUAUUUGCAGUGUUUUGUAUUUAUAAACUUGCAAUUUAUUUAAAUGGAGAAAAAUAAAAGUUUGACUAUGAAUCACAAUUUUGUACGUAUGUAGAUGGUUGACUUAGUCUUUUGUACUUUUCCAGCCUAAGUGAACUAUUUGAGAAAGUAACCAGUCUCAGAGUAGCCACAAGCUUACUCUACCAACUCACAGCUCACUUUCCACUUUCCUUUGUGCUGGGUCUCUGAGAGAGUACCACCCUAUAACUAACCAACCAACCAACCAACCAAUAAAUCCAGUAGAAUCAGUAGAAUCAGCUGGGUUCCAGCUUAGCAAACCAAGGACUGAAGGACAUUUGACUUUUAUUUUUGUAUUUAAAUGACAUGAAUGUAAAGGGGACGCUCAGGGUUGUUUUGGAGCCUGUUGAAUUUUUUUUUGUCUUUGCCUGUGAUUUUUAUUUUCUAAAUGAAUACUUCAUGUAGCAAUCUUGAAUAUGUCGAGAAGGAAAAUGCCAAAUGGUUUUGGUAAUAAAGUUAGUAGUUAAGUUAUGUUACACUAGGUGUUAAAGUACAGAAAGCUUUUAUUUGUUAAACCUUGAAGAAACACGUGCCUCAGUUUAGAUGUUUUGUCUGGUCUUUUCUGCACUAAAUAAAUAUCUGACAGUUUGACCAAUCAAUGCACCUUUCCAGUGGCAAGACUUGCUUAUCGUAAAUUAUAUUUGUCACAAUGCAAGAUCUGUAGUAACUGUAAAACGGAAUAAAGUUGAAAAGUUUUCAGGGAAUGCAAAAGGUAUUAACUUAAAAGACAAAACCUUUAUUCAGUAUGCUUUGCUUCAUACUGUAAAUAGCUUUUGGGCUUGUGAACCUAAUUGUAAUCUUUCAGGUAUUUUUGUACAAAUAAGGGACUGAUAUUCUGUUUCUUGUAAUUAGAAAUAAACAUUAAUACAAUGCUAUUCAUUUUA